AAUGGGGAUUUGGGUAUGCCACUGGCAAAGAUGUUGAGAAGUUCUUUUCUCUUUCUAAUUUUGCUUCUUCUUCACUGUUUUCAUCAGUGCAGAGCUUCCUCUCUGUUUCUCAUAUAAACCCCAACCAGAAGAGAGAGACAGAGACAGAGACAGAGGCAGAGGCAGAGAAACAUUGCUGAAUCUGCUCGAGAAUUGAGUAGAAACAGAUAAGAGAGCAGAUCUGGGGGAAAUAAAGCCUUUCUAACAGACCAUUUCCUCAAUCAAUGGCUUCCAAAUUGAUUCUGAUUAUAGUUUUUGUACUCGACGUUAUUGCUUUUGGCCUGGCCGUUGCCGCUGAGCAAAGAAGAAGCACUGCCAACGUUGUGCAAGAUAAAGAAAAAGAAUACAACUACUGUGUGUAUGACUCCGACAUCUCGACAGGCUAUGGAGUUGGUGCUUUUCUACUUCUCAUGGCCAGCCAGACCCUCAUAAUGGUAGCUAGCCGAUGUUUUUGCUGCGGGAAGUCGUUGAGUCCUGGAGGUUCAAGGGCGUGGGCUGUUAUCCUAUUCAUAAUCUGCUGGGUGUUUUUCUUUAUUGCUGAGGUUUGCUUGUUCGCGGGUUCGGUAAGGAACGCCUACCACACCAAGUACCGAACCAUGUUCGGUGACAAUCCUCCGUCAUGCCAAACUUUGAGGAAGGGAGUUUUCGGUGCAGGUGCAGCCUUCAUUUUCCUCAAUGCCAUUGUAUCAGAACUCUACUAUGUAUUCUACUCCAAGGCGAGAGAAAGCUUCCUUCCAUACGGUGGAGAAACUGGUGUCGGCAUGGGAACCUACAAAUGAGUGAAUCCGUAGUUAAGUUUAGUAGGUUCCUCUCACGUUAUAUCGACGUUCCCGGAUCGAUUUUGAGAUAAUUUUGCAUAUCAACUACUGGUUUUAGUUAGGAAGAAAUAUCAGUAUCAUAAUUUUUACUGUGUAGUUCUUUGUUCUCUCUCCUUUUAACCAGCGCUGUUGGGUUUUUCUUUUUCUUAUUGGUGGAUUGUUACAUUUGUAUUGACAAUAAGAGACUUCCUAUAAAUAUCUGUAUCUUUUAUAAGACCUCAGUGACAUAUUUGUUCUUGUA